CGUUGUGGUACGUCAUCAAGCCAUACAUUGAGGAACAUCGCUGAGAAGAUGGCUGCAAGGUUACUUCUGCGAAAUGCCGUUCGGGCUUCAACAACUCUCCGGGUCACCCCGAUGAAGACCCUGGCCCGUGGAAUGUCCGCUGGAGGCAUUCCUACCGAUGAGGAACAGGCCACCGGGAUGGAAAAGCUGGUUAUGCAUGCGACGAAAGAUGGCAAGGACCCAUGGAGCAUGUACAGACCAAAGGAGUAUGCAGGGUCUAAGGAGGACCCUCAUCUUGUUCCUUCCAUCACAAACAAGAGGAUCGUCGGCUGUGUGUGUGAGGAGGACAACACAGCGGUGGUGUGGUUCUGGCUUCACCAAGGAGAGGCCCAGCGCUGUCCCUCUUGCGGAGCUCACUACAGGCUUGUUGCCCAUGAGCUCCCCCACUGAAAGCACAAUUAAUUGCGUUUCUCUGUGUGUGUAUAUAGCAGUAAGUCUCCUGAAAAAAAAUAUUAAUAUUAAAAUGUUCAGUCCAGUUUACACACUUUCAGUCAACAAACGGGGGUCAAUCAGAUGAGGAGGAAAUGUCUUUUAUUGCAAGAGCCGGCUUACAUGUGUUCACAUAAUGUAUAUGAGCUCCUACCGAUUAUUAAAAUAUCAAAGCUA